UUGACUUAUUUUUUAACGUCACCGUGAAACAACAAGUAGUAAAGAACUUUUUUCGAGAAUAGUGGGAGUGGCUUAUUUAAAAGUGGAGCUGAAACUUCUACCAUCAAAUGACUCAAAUGUAAUAUGUACUUGGUAAUCGUUUUAUUGUGAAAAACUUUCUCGUUAAAGUAAUAAUGCAACAAAGUAAGCCGCCUAUUAUUGGAUCAAGUAUACAUGAAAAUUGCCAGUAUGUAGGUCCCUAUAGAUUAGAAAAAACUUUGGGCAAGGGUCAAACAGGUCUUGUAAAACUAGGCAUUCACUGUGUCACUGGAAAAAAAGUAGCAAUCAAAAUAAUUAAUCGUGAAAAGUUAUCAGAGUCUGUGUUAAUAAAGGUCGAAAGAGAAAUAGCUAUUAUGAAGCUAAUAGAUCAUCCACAUGUAUUAGGACUGUCAGAUGUUUAUGAAAAUAAGAAAUACUUGUACUUGAUUCUUGAACAUGUAUCCGGGGGAGAACUAUUUGAUUAUCUUGUCAAAAAAGGAAGACUUACACCUAAGGAAGCCAGAAGAUUUUUUCGACAAAUAAUUUCUGCCCUGGAUUUUUGUCAUAGUCAUAGCAUUUGUCAUCGGGAUUUGAAACCAGAAAAUUUGUUACUUGAUGAAAAAAAUAACAUAAAGAUAGCAGACUUUGGAAUGGCAUCGUUACAGCCAACUGGUUUGAUGUUAGAGACUAGUUGCGGCUCACCCCACUAUGCUUGCCCAGAAGUUAUACGC